GAUCAAGCACGUGGAGAGCGCACAGUAGCGGCGUGAUGGGCAGCAUGGGCCGGAUAAUGUGCACAGAUAAAAAGCCCACAUUUUCCGGCCUGGAGUCACUUAAAUAGGCGUGAAAACUAGUAGAAUCCGUUGCCUGCCUGCUCGCCGGCUUUUUCAUGUAAAAGAACGUCGCUUUCCUAUCAUUCCAAUACUGGCAACUUAAAGAUUGCGAUGGAAUUCUUGAGAGGCCAGUGUCAAGGCGCUGGAAGAAGCACAACGUGGUCGAUCGCCACCUGGAACUUUGUACUGAUUUUGGCGGUAACAAUAGCGCCUCGUCAGAUCGCCAGUACUCCGCUACCAGCGUUGAGCACCGACACGCCGGCCGCCACCGGCGCAUCAGGUACCGAGGAGCCCACCCCGGCGGAGAACACCACAUCCUCCCCUGAUCUCCGGGACUUCGAAGUGGAGGGAAAGUGGGAAAUCCUCGACGUCACUACGUAUGACGCCCUGGUAGAACGGUUUGCCAACGGUAGCGAGUUUCUGAACUACACCGCGGUGUCCCGGUGGGGCAACACUUGCCGUAAGUACGUGGAUUAUUACUACGACACCACAGACUUGCAGAUGACGGACAACAUGAACUCUCUGAGGCACCGCACCCGCUACCAGGCCUCGCCACCGGCGUACAGUAACUCAUGGAUCGACGUGACACUGGCCAACUGGGUUUCUGACUGGGACCUGAUUCAGUACAAGGGGAGCCCGAGUCGUGUGGGUGCGAUCUGGGGGAGGGAGGAGGUUGGGAGCAGGGAGAGUGAGCCUGACCAGCCCACGUCCACUGCAGUCAUCGCCGCCUGCGACCUGUCGUACGACGCCAUCCGGGCCAUGAGGAGAGAACACCCGCAGCUAGACUGUGCCGACCUGAGGCCCUCACUCAAGGUGGAUGACUACCGCCUACGCAUCGGUCUAGAAGACGAACACAACGUUCUGCUCUUCGAGGUGUCCCUGGACCGGUACAUCCUCACCGACUACCUGUUCAGCUCCUGGCCCUUCGGCGCGAUGGAGGUGGAGAUCGAGAUCGCGGGAGAGAUCACCGAAGAGUCGGUGAGAAGUCUCGGGGACAUCGCCGCCGCUCUGGAGGACGAGUUCCCCGGUCUGCACCGUUCAACCUACAGUAAAGGUGGCCUGUUCCUGCCCGAGGGAGAAGGCACCAUGGCGGAGCUCAUGUGCGGUCAGGACGGGUGGCCGUGCUCGGAGGACUACACGUGCGUGUACCGGGUACAGAGGUGUGACGGAGUCACGGACUGUAGCGAUGGAAGUGACGAGAGGCAGUGUCCCUCUCCCGCACGUACUGCAGAAGAUCGUUAGGGACAUUUCCUUUCUUCCUCCUCAUGAGUUAUUUAAGGCAUCCUAUUCACGAGACGGCGAUCGCUGAGCGACCGUACAAGGACCAAAACUGGAUUUGUGUGACCCUUGAUCUUAUCAUUAGAAUAUGGCACACGAUUUAAGUAUGGUUAAAAAGGCAAUAAAACACAAAAAAUGUGACACAUUUCGGUAUGGUAUGAUCUUUCAAACAUUUGGUCGCUCAGCGGUUGCAGCUUCCCGGAUUUGAUACCAAUGCAACGAACAAUGCACUUAUUUAUAUAAGUUACUUUGAUGAAGACUAGACAUCCAGGAGAAUAUUACGUGAUAA